UUUCUACGUGCGCGUUCACGGUUGAAUCCUGCGCUCUAUGCGUCAGCUGUCAAGCCGUGCACACGCACAUUACUGUACUAUCUCUAUGCGAGAUUUGUUUGGACACAGAAUGAAUCUGAAAUUCCAGAGAGACCGGAGCACAAACAAAGUAUGGUGACUGCAGUAUCACGACCCUCGAGCUGGACUGAAGCGACUCGGUGACAAGAAAGUGGUUUGAUAAAGGCUCAACGUGAUGUUAGUGGCGGGGAGGAGAAAAUGAGAGGACCGGUUUUCCGGGUCGCAACGUUGCAGACUUGCUAAUAAGCUAGCCACGGAGUUCCACAACCGUUAGCUCAGCUAGCUAGCAUGCUAACAAACUGAUGUAGCAACGGCUGUGGGGCAGUUGAGGGAAUGCGGCGGGAGCCGCUCCGGAGGUCUUUUGUUUUUGUUAAAACUUGAUUCAUUUUGAACACUAACCACUAUGGCGUCACGCGACGGGCUCCGCGUAGUGAUACUGAGAGCGUGAAUGCGAAGCGGCGGACGAGGUGGUCGUGAGGUUCGGUCUCGCAGGGAACGAUAGUUAUGAGCGGUUUCAACACUACAACCAAAACCUCCGCGGUAAGCUCUCCUCUGAACGCCGACGGCUCGCCGGUCAACAACAACAUCAACCGGGACUGGGCUCUGGGGGGCGAUGCGUUCUCGUGCUGUUACGAGAUGAGUCCCAUGGACGACACGAUGCAGGCGGGGAUGUCCUCGGUCCAGUCGGGACUGGACGGACACCUGCCGCUGCUAUACGCCGGAAACUGCGGCACGCAGGACGGCUUGAUGUUGGACCUGAACUCCCCGGCGGCCUUCCUCGACUGCGGCGGCGGCGGCGGCGGCUCUCCGGACUACAGCGCGGGUCCGCUGUUCGAGAGGAGGAAGAGGUCGCGGUCCAACAGCUCCAGGCAGCGCUUCAACGAGGUGGUCACGGAGCUCGGUCCGGAGGAGGUGCGUUGGUUCUACAAGGAGGACAAGAAGACGUGGAAGGCGUUUCUCGGCCACGACUCGCUUAACAUCGAGCACAUGUUUCGGAGGUACUGUGAGCGGAACCCCGGCGCGACCGCCGACCGGGUCGUCGACGGCGGCGAGGAGGACCGCGGGAAUAACGGCGAGGAGGGCCGGGGGCUUAACGGCGCGGUGUCGCCGGAGGCGCGGACCGGCAGCGCGGACGGGUCCGCCGUGUCCUCCUCCGAGGUGCGGGACCCCGACGGGAUCGAGAUCAACAUCGAGCCCGUGUGCGUCCGGGGGGGCCUGUACGAGGUGGACGUCAAGGAGAGAGAGUGCAAACCCGUCUACUGGAAACAACAAGACAAUAUUCCAGUGAUUAGGGGCCAGUGGUUUAUUGAUGGCACCUGGGUCCUGUUGGAGGAAGAGGAAAGUGACCUCAUCGAGCAGGAGCACCUGAACCGUUUCCGCGGGCAACAAAUGCAGGACACCUUCGAGACGGACAUGCUGGUCGGGACCGUUGACAGCAAAGACGUUCUCUCCCACCUGCCCCCUUUCUACCUCCCUUUUCUGUUCAAAUGGAGUGGAUAUCAGACGGGUGCUAAAACUACAUGUCACAAGCGCAAACGCUGCCAAGCCAUCCACCAUCUGAAGCUGAGUCGGACCCAUGUGGAUUGGCACAGCGUGGAUGAGGUGUAUCUCUACAGCGAUGCCACCACUUCCAAAAUUGCUCGCACCGUCACCCAGAAACUGGGCUUCUCCAAAGCCUCCAGCAGUGGAACGCGGCUCCAUCGGGGUUACGUCGAGGAGGCCUCGCCUGAGGACAGACCCCCUCAGACCACACACAUUGUCUUCGUCGUUCAUGGGAUCGGACAGAAGAUGGACAUAGGACGCAUUAUCAAAAACACUGGAAUGCUGAGGGAGGGCGUGAGGAAGAUGGAGGAGAAGCACUUUUCAGAGCACAACGGCGAGCAUGUUGAGUUCUUGCCCGUCGAGUGGCGCUCCAAACUGGCACUGGAUGGAGAUACGGUUGACUCCAUAACUCCAGACAAAGUGAGAGGACUGCGAGAUCUACUCAACAGCAGUGCCAUGGACAUCAUGUACUACAACAGCCCCCUUUACCGGGACGAGAUAACCAAGGGUCUAACACAGGAGCUAAACAGAUUGUACACACUGUUCUGCUACCGGAACCCCGAGUUUGAAGAGAGGGGGGGCAAAGUCUCAAUCGUGUCCCACUCCCUGGGCUGCGUCAUCACCUACGACAUCAUGACGGGAUGGGACCCCGUGCGCUUCUGCCAGCAGGAGCAUCACGCUGUGGAGGAGGAGCUGGACCUGCGCUGGAUGUCCUACGAGGAGAAGCACAUUUUAGAGCAGCUCCAGCUCACGAGGAAAAGGUUACAAGAGUUGGAAAGCCAACUCCUCACACUGGAAGCCUCAAAACCUCCGGCACGCCCAGCCCUAAAAUUUAAAAUUGAGAACUUCUUCUGCAUGGGUUCUCCUCUGGCCGUGUUCUUGGCUCUGAGAGGGAUCCGGCCUGGUAUCAGCUGCCACCAGGACCACAUCCUGCCCACCUCCAUCUGCGGGCGGUUCUUCAACGUCUUCCAUCCCACAGACCCCGUGGCCUACAGACUGGAGCCCCUCAUCCUCAAACAUUACAGUAAUGUUGCACCUGUUCAGAUACACUGGUGUAGCGCCAUUAACCCCACACAUUACGAUGAGCUCCGGCCUACUUAUCUGAGCCCGGUCAAAGACCCGCCAUCCGACACCGAGAGCAUCCCCAGCCCGAGCACUUCUCCGGUACUCGCCCGCCGGCACUAUGGAGAGUCCAUCACCAACCUGGGCAAGGCCAGCAUAAUGGGAGCGGCAAGCAUAGGGAAGGGCAUCGGAGGCAUCCUCUUCUCUCGUUUCUCUCGCUCCAACAGCCAGCCAUCGGUCUCCUUAGGGCUGGAGGGAGGGGCCAACGCUGAGGAAGAGGAGCAGAAGCGGACGGAAAGCCAGUCAGCAUACGGCCUCUCCACCCUGAUUCGGCCCACAUCACCGGUCACCGACACAUCACUGGAGCUGGAGCGGCGCGUCGACUUUGAGCUCCGGGAGGGUCUUGUGGAGAAUCGCUAUUGGUCGGCGGUGACUUCCCACACGGGUUACUGGUGCUCGCAUGACAUCGCCCUCUUCCUGUUGACCUUCAUAUACAAGCAGAAGACGACACCCUCUAGCCCGUCAGGAGAUACUCCGGAGACGCCGGACUGAGGCGGAGCAUUCGUCGCACCCGAGACACAAAAAUAAACCUAAUUUGUUUAUUUUCAUGCACACAGACUGCUCGACCACAGUAACAAUCUUCCUUUUGGGAUAUCUCUCUGUGACCACCAGCUUUGCACUCGUGGGAAUCAUUACUGACGAACUGACUUAAAUCCGAGAUGUGCAUUUUUAGUCUUUGUUUUUGUGUGGUUCAUACACAGUUGCGCACCCUAAGGGUGACAAUGUUGGACUAGGAACCCCUAAGGAGGUUCACCCUUUGCCAGUAUGGCCACAAGCAAGACGUAGACAUGGAACAGGAAUAAGACUCUAAUAAGUUCAAUCCAGGAGAAGAGUCUUUGACCUUAAAACAGCUGGAGCCUGUUAAACAGUGCUUAAAGCCCCUCCUCCCCCUCCCUCCCCCACCCCUCUCUCUCCCGCCUUGUGACACACAUGCCUGGUCACUGAGGCUUUAAGUUCUGUUCUUUUUUUUGUUUUUUACUUUGAGAAAUUGAAGUUUUGUCAUUUUAUCUUUAAAAUAAACCUUUUUAAGUUACUAGAUCUCAAAAAAAAAAAAAAGCUAAUGCUAACAAGUAAAUGCAAUGCCUUUCAGAACUAUCCAAAUACUUUCAAUCUUGCAAAAAGUCUGUUAUAUUUUACUAACAAAGACUGAGGGCAUUAACCCUUUAAUAAUCAUGAGGUAUGAAGAAAGACAGAACUAUUAUAUUGUUGUCUGCCUCUAUUUAACAUUGCAUCUUUGAAAAGACGCUAAUUUCAUGCACGGUCAAACGGUAGAUUUCUUUUUAAAGCAACAGGUCAAAAAAAAAAAUGUUUCAGCCAAACAGUCUACAGGACAGCUUUAGUUCCCAUGAAAUAUUGAUUUGUAUACAGAUGUUUACAACCGCACGAGUCCUUUAUCAUGAAUUGCAUUAGUCAGAAAUUAUUUUCCUACACUCAUUAUUUUAUUUUUACAUUGAUUCACAAGAGUAGAGGUCUCACACAAAAUAAUCACUGUCAUUUAAACUACUGCUUCUAUGUUAGGCAUACGUUAUGGAGAGGCUUUUCUCUGCUAUAUCUUUAUAUUGAUACCCAAAAGAAAUCAAGGGUACUAGAUGAUGUAUUUUUUCUUAAAAAUAUAUAUAUUUUUUUUUCCUAGUGAUUUUCAGGCUCUUGUGAAUAGAACCGAGAGUCAUCUCUGGGAAAAUGGGAUUCAAACCUGCGGCCAAAUAAUAUUUAUGUGUCCAGCUUAUUAGCCACGUGGCAUUAGUAAUUCAAAGGCAUACAUCAUGAAAAAGUUAUUGACCUAGCGUUAAAAUAGCUUCUUUAUUGAUUGAUUAUUAUCUUUUGCCUUUUCUUGUGACCAAUUUUCCCUUUCCUCAUUUGAACGAUGGACGUGUCUGCUUGUCUCUUUAUUCCUGUGAAAGACGGGUUUUUUUAGUCCUAUAAAAAAAAAAGAGCUAGACAUCAGACUGUGGGAAAUAAAAGAAAACAAAAACGUUGACAACUGGAGACAGCAAAUCAGUUUGACCGCUGCUUAUUGUGACACUUGCCUUGGGUUUGUCAGAGCCCUUAUAAAAAAAUGUAAUAAUAGACCGAACAUCUGUCGAAUGUGGUCCCUUUUUAACGAAAGAUGGCCAGCAAAGAUUAUGCUGAAUCCGGACGUCUUGCUCCCUCUGCAUUGCGUCAUGUUAAUAGUAAACGGAUGCUGGAACAGGACGACAUUGCAGAGCGUGCCAACGCGCAUCCAAGAAACCGCGUUGUGUUGUAGAAAAGCACUCAUGAUUGUUAAUGGACUUCUAACGCGAUCAUUUAUAAAGGAAGGGAAUUUACCCUCCGAUUAGAAUUAGUCACAUGUAACACACUUGUUUGUUCUCAGUGUCAAAUUUCAAAAGUCCUACUCGUUUGACAUUCUCUGAGCUUAUUGUAAAUCUGCUUUUGGGGGCCAGCUGCUGCUUUUCUUUUCCCACAUAAUCAAGGGCUGUUGACCGGUUUCACCACUGAAUGGAAUCCAUUUGAUGGUGUUUAAUGUCUGUGUAUUUUAUGCAAAGGAAGCCGGGGUGCCUCUCUCCGAUGGCCGGAUGGGUGACAAUAAGGCGGAGUGCUAUGAAAGUGUUUCUGUAUUUAAGCUGGUGGCUUGUGCUCACUCAUCAGCUAUGGUUUGCACAGAAUUGACGUAGAAAGCCCAUUAUUGAUGUUUUUUUUGGGGGGGGGGGGUUUCCUGAUCAUGUUUUAUAUUGCAGCAGCCGAUGCAGAACCCGACACGCAGCUUUGACGGUGGGCCUUGGAGACCUUUAGACAUGUAAUGCAAAAUACAAGGACAAUUCCUCUUGUUGCCUCUGUAUUGGGUUUUCGGACGCCGCUUAAUGAGCAAAGGGGCGGACCAUCGUCGCAAUGACAGCGAGUGUUUUCGUGUUUCCAAAUCUCGACUUUGCACAUUUUUCACUCUCUCAAUUCUAGACAGCAGCACAGACUUUUUAACUCUGUUCUCUCUGCGUGUGAGAAAAGUCACUAAACUGGAGAGCGUUGACACAUUCUACCACGUGAGCAUUUAAUGCACAGCAUUCUGAAUGAUACCAGUGUAUUUUUUUUUCUGUUAAAGGCACCGCAAGCGUCAGGGAGACGUCUGCCGUGACGUGUCUAGUCGAUCCGUCCGUCCCCGCGGUUGACAUCAGUUUGCAGCCAUUACGGAGUCGGAUAAUUAGGUCACAGAUGUGUUGUCCGUCUUUUUAAUGUUCAGUGGUAAAUAAAUAAGGGCCCGCAGCCAUAUGUAAUCAGUCACUGGGUGAGAAAGAGGAAACAAACACAUUUGCUGUGGGUUUAUUGAAUGAAAUGUGUUACAGUUUGUGAGGUAACACUGUUUUUGUCUGUCCUGUGCAAUAACCCAUGCCUGUUAUGGAUUCUAACUGCCAUCCAAAGGACUGUAUUUAUUUCCUUUUAUUAAAGCAUUUCCUUUUUGGAUACAAUA